AUGAUGACGGCAAUGGUGAAGGCUGAGCCGACGGGGGCGGCGGCGGGGGCGGAGGGGAGCAGCGGGCGGAGGGACGCGGAGGCGGAGCUCAACCUGCCGCCGGGCUUCCGGUUCCACCCCACGGACGACGAGCUCGUCGUGCACUACCUCUGCAGGAAGGUGGCCGGCCAGCCGCAGCCCGUGCCCAUCAUCGCCGAGGUCGAUCUCUACAAGUUCAACCCCUGGGAUCUGCCCGGUGCGCCUUCUCUUCCUCCUCUCUCCCCUCCCCUCCCCUGUUUUUUCCUCUCCUCCUUCCUCCUUCUUGGCAGUGUGUGCUGUGCUGACCUUGGCGUUCGUGCAGAGAGGGCGCUGUUCGGGAGCAGGGAGUGGUACUUCUUCACGCCGCGCGACCGCAAGUACCCCAACGGCUCGCGCCCCAACCGCUCCGCCGGCACCGGCUACUGGAAGGCCACGGGCGCCGACAAGCCGGUGGCGCCCAGGGAGAGCGGCGGCAGGACGGUCGGCAUCAAGAAAGCGCUCGUCUUCUACUCCGGCAGGGCGCCCAGGGGCGUCAAGACCGACUGGAUCAUGCACGAGUACCGCAUCGCCGAAGCCGACCGCGCACCCGGCAAGAAGGGAUCCCUCAAGGUAACCCCAGCGUCUUCCUUUCAGUUUGCACUUUGCUCACCAACAAUACUGAUCAAUCAAUCGAUACUGAAUACUGAUCCUUCUCUCUCUGUGAUGUGCGGCUAUUACAGCUGGACGAAUGGGUGCUGUGCCGGCUGUACAACAAGAAGAACAACUGGGAGAAGCUCAAGGUGGAGCAGGACAUGGCUGUGGAGGCCGGGCCGAACGGGGAGGUCAUGGACGCGCUGGCGACCGACGCCAUGUCCGACAGCUUCCAGACGCACGACUCCUCCGAGAUCGACAGCGCCUCCGGCCUGCAGCAGCAUGGUUUCAUGGACAUGGCGCAGCAGCAGGCGAGGAUGGUGA